AUGUUCAAAGAGAAGUAUCAUAAAGUGUAUAGAAGUGCAGCAGAUGAGACAAAUCAUAUGAAAAGAUUUGUUGAAAAUUUAAAUGCUGUAGAAAAGAAAAACGAUGCUACCUUGGACCGUGAUACAUUUUUUAUAUUAAGUCAAUAUGCGGAUUUAGAUCCCGAAGAGAUUGAGGAACGGUACGCUAUUGAUAUUAAACCAUUUCAUAAAGUGAGUAAUUCAAAAGACGCUGAGUACUUAGGACGGCAACGUGAAAGAGAACUCAAAGUUUCUCAAAUGUACGAUUUAGAUAAUGCACCUGAACUAUAUAAUGACUUCAUGAAGAAGUAUGGCAAAAAAAAUCAUACCAAGAAAUUGGAGUACACAAAACACUUUUAUAGAUUUGUGAAAACUCUAGUGGAGAUAAAUAAAAAUAACAUUCAUGGCGAUAAAAAUAUGACCCUCGAUAAAAAUGCUGACGUUAUAAAAGAGCCGGAUGAAUACUUUUAUUGA